AUGCCCAGCUAUGUAAAGUUUAUGAAGGAGAUUCUUUCUAAUAAGAGAAAGAUGGGUGACUAUGAAACAGUGGCGUUAACAGAAGAAUGUAUUAAUUUAAUUCCUUUGUCAGUAUUUCGUAGACUUGAUUUGGGGGAAGCUAGGCCCAUCACAGUAACAUUGCAGCUGGCUGAUAGAUCUAUGAAGCAUCCAUGUGCAACUGGGCAAGCAUUGAUAGAUGUGCAAAAAGGAGAGUUAAAGCUGAGAGUUCAAGAAGAAGAAGUUGUAUUUAAUGUGUUUAAGGCUAUGACUUAUCCUAAAGCAAGUGAUAGUUGUUUCUCAGUUGAUGUGGUAGAAGAAGUAGUAGGAAGAAAAGAAGUAAUUGAGGAUCCUCUUGAAUUAAGUCUUAUAGUUGAUGAUGUGGAUGGUGAGGAAAAUGAAGAAGCAGUGAGUUAUUUGAAGUGGAUAAAAUCAUCUGAGCCAUGGAACCAUAAGAAAUUUGAAGAAUUGGGUGAGGGACCGGAAAGACCAUUACCAUCGAUUGUGAAGCCACCUGUUUUAGAAUUGAAAAUUUUACCGGACCAUCUCCAUUAUGCUUAUCUUCAGGAAAAAGAGACUCUUCCAGUUAUAUUUUCAUCAUUUCUUUCAGAAGUAGAGGAGGAGAAGUUGUUGAGGGUGUUAAGAGCUCAUAAAACUGCUAUAGGGUGGACUCUGGCUGAUAUAAGAGGAAUUAGCCCAUCGAUAGUUAUGCAUAGAAUUCUCAUGGAAGAAGAGGCGAGACCGACUAUUGAUGCUCAUCGAAGACUUAAUCCGACAAUGAAAGAAGUGAUUUCUAAGAAAGGCAUUGAAGUAGAUAGGGCAAAAAUUUCAAUGAUAGAGAAUUUGCCACCACCAGUUUCAGUAAAAGGAGUAUGGAUUUUCUUAGGUCAUGCGAGAUUUGAUAGGAGGAUACUUAAGGAGAAAUUGAUCUCGGCACCUAUAGUUGUUGCGCCUCAAUGGGAUUUUCCAUUUGAACUGAUGUGUGACGCCAGUGAUUUUGCGGUGGGGGCAGUGUUGGGACAAAGAGUUGACAAGAUAUUCAUAACGAUUUAUUAUGCAAGUCGUACCUUGAAUGAUGCUCAAAUAAAUUACACAACUACAAAAAAGGAGCUAUUGGCCAUAGUGUUUGCUUUUGAUAAAUUUAGGCCAUAUUUGAUUGGGAAUAAGGUGGUUGUUUACAUGGACCAUUCUACGAUAAAGUAUCUUAUGACCAAGAAAGAUUCUAAGCCUCGUCUUAUUCGGUGGAUUUUGUUGUUACAAGAAUUUGAUGUGGAAAUUAAGGCUAAGAAAGGUACUGAGAAUUUGGUGGCUGAUCAUUUGUCUAGAUUGGAGGUUGAUGAAGAUUCUCUUGAUAAAGAAGUUCAGAUUAAUGAUGCUUUUCCUGAUGAGCAGUUGUUCGAAGUAAGUAUUUGCAAGGAUGUUCCAUGGUUUGGAGAUUAUGUUAAUUAUUUGGCUGCUAAGGGUAUACCUCCUAAGAUGACAAGGCAACAACUAAAGAAAUUUUAUUCGGAGGUGAAGCAUUAUUAUUGGGAAGAGCCUAUUCUGCAUAAACAUUGCCCUGAUCAAGUUAUUAGGAGAUGUGUGCCCGAAGAGGAGAUGUUGUCAAUCUUAACUCACUGUCAUAGUUUGCAUUGCGACGGUCAUUUUGGUGGAACAAGAACAGCAGCGAAGGUUUUGCAAAGUGGGUUUUACUGGCCUACAUUAUUUAAAGAUGCUAAUGAUUUUGUCAAAAUAGAUUGUGUUUCUAAAUGGGGAGAAGCCACAGCAAAUCCUACUUGUGAUGGAAAGGAAGUCCUUAAAUUCCUUCAUAAAAAUAUCUUUACUCGAUUUGGCACUCCCAGAGCAAUUAUUAGUGAUCAGGGAAGUCAUUUUUGCAGCAAGUGGUUCACUGUUCUUUGUGCUCGCUAUGGUGUUCAUCAUCGAAAGGUGUUAUUCUAUCACCCAAUUGCAAAUAGCCAAGCUGAAGUGUCGAAUAGGGAAAUAAAAGGUAUCUUGGAAAAGACAAUAAAUACUUCAAGGAAUGAUUGGUCAAAGAAGCUCGAUGAAUCAUUGUGGGCGUAUCGCAAUGCAUUCAAAACUCUGAUUGGUAUGUCACCCUAUCGAUUGGUGUUUGGUAAGGCUUGUCAUUUACCGGUGGAAUUUGAGCAUAGAGUUUAUUGGGUUGUGAAAAAGUAA